CCAACCUUCGUUUCCUUGUUUGCCCUGCCUCAUCAGGUUCUGCACUGCCAGCCUCUUAAUUUACCAGCUUCUUAACAGGAUACAAACCUGGCCCAUGCGUAAGCUCACAUUCUAACUGACAUCAGAGACAGUCAAAUGUAUUUCAGAACGUAAGGUUACAGAUAAUUUCAUUGGCUGUUGUGGCUGCGAAGUUAAACACAGGCCGCCUCUUGUGGGACUAGCUUUCUCAGUCUUCCACACAAACUAACCUGCACUAACUAGAAAGUCCAGUUUCUCUAGCAGGUCUUAGAAAACAUCAGAGAGUCCUGGAGGCAACAUGGACCUGGAAAGUAAACGGCUGGUGGUGGUGGUACCAAAUGAAGUGUCGGUGCCCCAAGGCCUGGUGUUCAGCAGUGACGACGAGGCAUGGAGGAGCUACCUGGAGAACCCACUGACUGCUGCCACUAAGGCCAUGAUGAGCAUCAAUGGAGAUGAGGACAGUGCAGCAGCUCUGGGACUGCUGUAUGACUACUACAAGGUUCCCAGUCAGAGGAGACGUGCCUCCAGCGGCGUUAAACCCACGGACCCCUCCGCUCUUGGGCCAAGUAACUGUGGGAGCUUGGAAAUACUAGAUCACCAUCUUCAGGCUCUUAGUUGCAUGCCUGUCAACCUCUCUCUAAACAACAGCACCACUACAGAACAUCAGGGCUCCAACUUCGGAGCUACCGGCCUUGCAGGAGCCACCAGAGGAGGAAAUGGUAAAGGUGAAGGCGGGGCGGCUCUUGCUCUGGUCAAGAGACAGUGCCAGACAUCUGUGGGAGUAUCCUCUUCUGGAGGUUCCUACCUAGAAGAACCCAGGGGCCAGAUAAGGAUGGUUUACGAGCAGGGCUGCUAUGAUUUGUCCCUGUCUGGGUACUUGAAAGAUGAACAGAGAAGCACUCCAGACAGCACGUAUGAGGAUGCAGUGGAAGGCGAGAUGUACUGCAGAAGUCCUUCCUCGGGAGCCGACGAAUUCCACUGUAGCCUACCAGUUGACAGUUUCCGGUACAGUCUGGAGGCCAGCAUGUCGCUGCGGCAAGGAGAUGGACCCAUGGCUUACCUGAACCGGGGCCAGUUCUACGCUUUGACGCUGUCUGAGACCGGACUCGGAUCAUCCCUUCGCCAGCACAGAGGCAAAGUGCGGGUGAGUCGACCGAAGCUAUCACAGGGGCCUGAUAGGAGCCGAUCCAGUAGUGAGCAAUGCACCAUGGGAGGCUCUGAGCUGCAGCGGGACAGUGUUGUACAGAGUGUUAUCAUGGUUGUCUUUGGGGAAGACAAGUGCAGAGAUGAGCAGCUGAAGAAUUGGAAAUACUGGCACUCCCGUCAGCACACUGCCAAACAGAGAGUCCUGGACAUUGCCAACUACAAGGAGAGCUUGGGCACGAUUGGGAACGUGGAGGAAAUUGCCUACAAUGCUGUCUCUUUCACAUGGGAUGUCACUGAAGAAGCCAAGGUCUUCAUCUCGGUGAACUGUCUGAGCACAGACUUCUCCUCGCAAAAGGGCGUGAAGGGGAUGCCUCUGAUAAUCCAGGUCGACACCUACAGCUAUAACAGUUGCAGCCGAAGACCCAUCCACAGGGCCUUCUCUCAGAUCAAGGUCUUCUGCGACAAGGGCGCUGAGAGGAAGCUUCGGGAUGAGGAGAAGAAAUAUCUCAGAAAGAGGAUGAAAGGGAAAAAUGGUGGCUUGGGGCCAACCUCUCCCAUUAAGAGUGCUGAUAGCAAUUUGUUCAAAACCAUGAUAAACCUGGACUCCCAGCCUGUCCUCUUCAUUCCUGACGUCCACUUUGGAAACCUGCAGAGAGCAGGGCAGGUGUUUGCUUUUAACACCGAGGAGGUCGACAGAGAUGGGAGUGUUCUGAUGAAGAGGGUGUCAUGUGUUGCUGAGGAAGAUAUCUGUCCACCUCAGUCCAAGAAGUCUAAAGUAGACCAGGAAAGGAAAGUUCUUCUAUAUGUGAGGAAGGAGUGUGAUGAAGUGUUUGAUGCCUUAAUGCUGCAUACCCCAACCCUCAAAGCAUUGAUGGAGGCUAUCUCAGAGAAAUAUGCACUGCCUAUUGACAAGAUUGCCAAAGUUUACCAAAAAAGCAAAAAAGGGGUCCUGGUGAACAUGGAUGACAACAUCAUCCAGCAUUACUCCAAUGAGGACACCUUCAUCCUGGCUAUCGAGAGCUCGGCAGGCUCCUUGCGUGUGACCCUGUCAGAGAUCUGACGGUUGUAAGCCGCAGCAGAGUUGUCAGAAAGAGUUGACCGGUGGUGGGGGAAGCUUUAGCCGUGCCAUGUGUAAUAUUUGUGAAUAUUGUUAGCAGUAUUAGAUGACAGCGCCGUCGCUAUCGAAGGCCG